UCUUCAUUUCCAGCAGACCAUGGAGUCGCUCACCGGGAAUUCAUUGAUGAAGGUGUUGAUGAUUCUUUUCUUGGUAUCAGCAUCCACUGCCACCGGCGACCCCUUCAUUAUUGCCCACAAAAAGGCAUCGCUCAACAGACUCAAAACCGGUGCCGAACGUGUCUCCGUCUCUAUCGACAUUUACAAUCAAGGCUUCUCGACAGCAUAUGAUGUGAGUCUGGUUGAUGAUAGCUGGCCGGAAGAUAUGUUUGAUAUCGUCAGUGGUAACACUUCGAAGUCAUGGGAGAGACUUGAUGCUGGCGGUGUUCUAUCACAUUCAUUUGAAUUAGAGGCCAAAAUACAAGGACUGUUCAAUGGUGCCCCAGCAGUUAUUACUUACCGCGUUCCCACAAAGGCCACCCUACAGGAGGCAUAUUCAACUCCAAUCUUGCCUUUGAACAUCCUUGCUGAAAUACCUCCUGAGAAGCAGCUUGAGUGGGCUAAGAGAUUGCUGACUCAGUAUGGAAAUCAAAUAUCUGUGGUCUCAAUAGUGGUUUUGUUCAUUUACCUAAUCGCUAGCCCAUCGAAAACUAGUGCUGCAAAAGCAAGCAGGAAGAAACGCUAAGCGCUUAGUUGCUGAGCUGGGACAGACCAAAUCAAUAACUCGUCUACACUCACUCAAUGCAGCAAUCUUUCUCUCUGUUUGCAAUGAGAAUAGUGUUUUUUUUUCAUUUGUCCUGGAAGACGGGAUUUUUGCAACUAGAUAACUACUAGUGGGACU